AGUGUACCUGCUCAUGCCACGUCAUACACAUUCUUCUUACGCAAACAAGACGCUAUACAUAACAAAAUGGAAGCCAUCCAGGGAGGCUUGUGACCACAAAUUUCAAUACUCUUCGUUGCUGUUGGAAGCGCAGAGAUAUGUCAGAACACAACAUACUUUUAUUAUCAUUUCUGGGAGUAAUCGCAAUCGCACUGGUUUCAGCUGCGGCAGAUGACCCACAGAUUACUUACCUCGGCUCUGGAUGUAGCGAGAGUCUAAACAGGACUUACAAAAAUUUUACUGCUUUCAAUAACAAUCAAGCUGCUGUUUUCGGAUCGCUUGUCUCAAAUCUGUCUUCUAAUGGAUCCCAUUUCGCCACUUCAGUCAUCGACAACGGCACCGCAGAUCCAGUGUAUGGACUUGUUCAAUGUAGAGAAUAUCUCACACCUAACGAAUGCUUACAGUGCUUCACCGCAGCCAAGGCUAAAGUGAAGGAGUUUUGUCCUAAAUCUAAUGGAGCAAAGAUUCAUCUUGAUGGCUGUUUUCUGCAUUUUGAGAAUAACACUUUCUUUGAUGGGGGGGAAGACGGUGGAGAUGAUAAGAAUUGCUCCAGCGUGUCUGAGACUGUAGACUUCUCCAACACAGCGCAUGGACUACUAAGUCGGCUCAUACAAAACGCUUCUACAAACGAUGGCUAUGCUGUCGGCUCCCUCAACUCUAUCUAUGCUCUUGUUCAGUGCGUCAAAUCCCUUAACAACGACACAUGCCAAUCUUGCCUCAGGGAUGCUCGGGAGCAUCUUACAACAAAUUGCCUUCUCACCCAGGAAGCCCAUGCUUUGAUGGCUGGUUGUUUUAUUCGCUAUGCAAAUUAUCCUUUCUUUUCUCAUAACCUGGCCGCGUCCACAGAGAAUGAAAAUCGGUCAAAGUCCAAAAGAGUGCCUAUAUUGUUAGGAAGCGUUGGGAGGGGAGUUUUGUUGGCGGCGGUGUGUGUUGCUGUGCUUUGUAGAUAUUGCCAGUGCCGCCAGAGGUUUAAGAGCAUCAUCCCUGUCUUUGCCAAAACAGAAGAGGAUCUGGAAGCCAGAGAAGCAAUCGAGCAAGUUACAAUUUAUAAUUACGAAACUCUUCGAGAUGUAACUGCUAAUUUCGAUCCCAGUAAUCUACUUGGAAAAGGGGGAUUCGGCGAAGUUUACAAGGUUUAUAUUAUUAUUAUUAUAGUAUGAAGUGAACAAUAUUGGCUUCUUGGAUUGGCUAGAUUCUAUCCUGAAGGGGAAUCCCACGUUUCCACCAAAGUUGGAGGAACAAUAGGUUAUACUGCGCCUGAGUAUGUCGUUCGUGGACAAUUAACAGAAAAAGCUGACGUCUAUAGUUUCGGGGUGGUGGUUCUUGAGAUUGUUAGUGGAAGAAAGUGUAUAGAUCAAAAGUUGCCAGAUCCUCUUCAGCUUCUUUUGCAAUGGAUUUGGCAACUCUAUGAGAGCGAUAAAAUAUUGGAAAUGGUUGAUCCGAAGUUGAAAGGAGAGUACUCACAAGAGCAAAUGGUGAGAGUUAUAACAAUUGCUCUACUGUGUGUAAAAGCAUCUCCAUCCCAGCGUCCAAGUAUGACCCAAAUUGUAUCAAUGUUAACAAGUAACUCAGAGAUAACUGAUCAGCCUACCAAACCGGCGUUUCUAGAAAGUAAUGUAAAUGACAGAACUCCAACUUCUUCGUCAAGGGAUUCAGCAGGAUCUCAUGGAUCUGUUAAUGUAUCUUUAUUCGCUCGUUAGUUAUUCCUUUUCACUACUAAGUCAUUAUUUCAGCAUAGAACUAGCUAAGGACUAUAGAUACAGAAAAUCAUAAGUUUUGUGUAUGGCAAUCUAUAUUAACAUUGAGUUCGUUUAUCAAAAUUAAAGAUCCAAGCCUGUAUUUUGUAUGUCGUCGCCAUAAAUUU